AACAUGCCAUAAAGAAACCAUAAAAGAAAGAAACCUUAUGAUCCCGAAAAUGACAACCUGAUUGAUACUCCAUAAUAUGGCAACAUCAACAAACAAAGAAAUCUAUUCCGUGUGGGCGAUCCCACCGGAAGACAUAUGCACCCGCCUCGCCAGCCUCAUGACCACCCUCGGUUCCGAAUUCCGUGGUCCCCACUUCGAACCACACAUGACCGUCGUCGGAGCAAUAGAAUUAACCCCCGACGACGCGCUCAACAAACUCCGAUCAGCUUGUGAAGGUGUUAAGGCUUUUGAAGUUACCGUUGACAGGGUUGCCACCGGAACGUUCUUUUAUCAGUGUGUUUAUCUCCUCCUUCAUCCUACCCCUCAGAUAGUGGAAACCAAUGCACACUGCUGCAGCCAUUUUGGUUAUACCAAUUCAACUCCUUACAUGCCACACGUGAGCCUUUUGUAUGGAGAUUUGACCGAUGAAGAGAAACAAAAGGCUCAAGAAAGAACUAAUAUUCUCGACAACACUCUCAGUGGUUUGAGCUUUCAGAUAAGUAGGCUUGCAUUAUACAAAACCGACACGAAAGACAAAACACUAAAAUCAUGGGAGAAAAUUGCUGAAUGCACUCUUACUCCAAACUAGCUCGCCAAGAGUUAAACUAUCACAAGCUGUUGUGGACAUAAAAAAUAAACAAACAUACCAUCACAACCUGUCUUAAAUAUUAUCUGUUUUCUGCCAAUGCAUUCUAUUCUUAUUAUAUUCUGUACUCUGUAGUUAUAUUCUCAAUCUUUUCUACUUUGUAAGGUGUGGAAAUUGUAGUGCUGUAAUAAACCACCUCAGUUAACCACUUGUGAAACUUUACAUAACACUGAAGCAUCAUAUGUAAUAGCACAUUACUUAUAAGAGUUAAAACUUUCCAUCA